AUGAACAAGUGUAGCCUAGCUUUAUAAACAUCAAUGCUUUUUGAUGAAUAAGAAGGUUACCAAAUAAUUCAUAUUAGACUUCUAAGCUCAUGAUUGCAAUGGAUUAGGGCCAUGGUUUAAAAUGAAAGAAAAGAAACAAUUGGUUGCUCCCUUACUACCUAUACGAGUUCCUUAAGUUAGAAUAAAAAGUUAAUAAUUAUAAAAACGGGUUCAACAAAUAAAAACGGAAAGGUAUAACACUGAAAGAGCCAUGCAAGUGAAUGAGGAUCCCUUUCGCAAUAAUAAAAUUAAAUAAAAUUAAGAAUACAUUGAUUCUUCUCCAGUUGAAUAAAUAAUUAAGAAGCAUUUUUCUAAUAAAUAGACUGUAUUUUUUCCAAAAAGCUAACAAAGUUCAUUUGUAUAGAAGUCAGAUAGAUCAAAUAGAUAAAUAAGAGUUAAGAAACUCAAGAUUUAUCAUUCUGAUAUACCUUUGCUUAACUAAUAUAAUUAUUUUUCCAGAUUAUUAUGA